AUCGAAAGAACGAACAAACAAACCAACAAAAUCUCAAAUGAAAAACCGGAAAAUAAGAUCACGGCUCUCUCGGAUUCGUCACCACAAACGUCACUCCAUCCCAACCUCAUCCGUCUAUUUAUAUGAUUCUCACGCACAGAAACGUGCAAGUCAUAAUGAACUUCCUAAACCACUCGCCACCGCCUGCUGCUGCGGCCAAGGCGCCGCCCCACUUCCUCCUCGUCACAUUCCCGGCGCAGGGCCACAUCAACCCGGCCCUCCAGUUUGCCAAGCGCCUCCUCCGAGAAGGCGCCGAGGUGACCUUCGCCACCAGUGUCUAUGCCUGCCGCCGCAUGUCCAAGGGCCAGCCCCACCUGGAGGGCCUCCACUUUGCCGCCAUCUCCGACGGGUAUGACGACGGGUUCAAGCAGGGCGACGACGUGGCCCACUUCAUUUCCGAGCUCAAGUGCCGCGGCUCCAAGAAGGUUAAGGACCUCAUCGUAUCGAGCGUGGACGAGGGCCGCCCCUACGCCUGCUUGGUGUGCAGCUUGCUCAUCCCGUGGGCAGCGGAGGCGGCACGUGAGUUCCAUGUGCCCUCGGCCCUCCUGUGGAUUCAGCCCGCCACGGUGUUGGACAUUUACUAUUUCUACUUCCACGGCUAUGGCGAAUUCAUAAAAGAUAACUGCCUCCACCCUUCAUGUUCGUUUGAGUUACCGGGCCUUCCCUACAAGCUCAGUAGCCGCGACUUGCCUUCAUUUUUGGUGCCGAACAGCUCGGACGCAUACGCUUUCGCGUUGCCGAUUUUCAAAGACCAGUUCGACGCACUCAACCAAGAAAACAAUCCAAGGAUACUGGUGAAUACGUUCGACUCGCUAGAGCCAGAGGCCUUGAGAGCGAUCGACAGGUACAACGUGGUGGGGAUCGGGCCACUGAUACCCUCGGCUUUCCUCGAUGGGAUAGACCCGUCGGACACGUCCUUUGGGGGCGACCUCUUCCCCAAGUCCAAGGACUGCACGGAGUGGCUGGACUCCAAGGCUCCGGCGUCGGUCGUCUACGUGUCGUUCGGGAGCAUAUCGGUGUUAUCGAAGGGGCAGGUGGAGGAGCUCUCCUGCGCGUUGCUCGAUUGCGGUCGACCGUUCUUGUGGGUCGUAAGAGCAGAGCAAAACGGGGAGAAAGAGAAGGGUGAGGAUAGAUUGAGUCGCAUGCGGGAGUUGGAAGAGAAAGGAAUGAUAGUGCCGUGGUGCUCGCAGCUAGAGAUGUUGUCGCACCCGUCACUCGGGUGCUUCGUGACGCACUGCGGGUGGAACUCCACCCUCGAGAGCCUAGUGCUUGGCAUCCCCACGGUGGCAUUCCCGCAGUGGACAGAUCAGGGGACGAACGCGAAGCUCGUCGAGGACGUGUGGCAGACCGGGGUCCGCGUGAGGCCAAACGAAGAAAGGUUAGUGGAGGCGGCGGAGAUAAGGAGGUGCAUGGAGACGGUGAUGGGCGAUGGGGAGAGGAGGAAGGAGGUAAGAAGGAACGCGGCCAAGUGGAAGGAGUCGGCGAGGGAGGCCGCGAGGGAAGGCGGGUCGUCCGAUACGAACUUGAAGGCUUUCAUCGAAGAGGUCGGUCGAGGUUGUCGAUGCUAAGAUUUUGGAAGUUGCUUGCUGUAGCUCGUUUGGUGCUUCGACUGAGAGCAGACAAGUUAUGUGUAGGAGCUUCUCUUAUUAUUUUUUUUAUUCAUCUGACGGCACGUGUCCACUGUGGGCCCCGUCCUUUUAGAUACUUGGGUGUGCCCGGUAAGGCUUACAUAGUCCAUUCAUUAGUUG